AUGGCUCGACCCAGGCGACCUGACGUGGUUCGUCUUGCUGAGCACGACUACAACAACACCCUGGAAAGCAUCGCCCACGAGGACCACAGGGUUGCUGACGUGGUGGUUCACCCCGGCUACCAAGAAGAGGGUACCUUCUCCUCCUACCACGACCUCGCGCUCAUCAAAGUGGUGGACCGCAUCAGACACAGAGAGGGCGUGAUGCCAAUAUGUCUGCCGUGGGGUAAUGUAGCCAGACGCAUCCUCCAUCACAACAACGUCACCAUCACCGGUUGGGGCGCUAAAGUUUUUGGAGGCAAUGGCAGUCCCAUCCUGCAGGAAGCAUCGGUGACGGUGUUCCCAUCAGAGGUCUGCAACGCGUCCUACUCGAAGCUCCAUUUCUACUCCACCAAGUGGCCGCGAGGCAUCGCGGAGGACACUUUCCUCUGUGCUGGACAGCCUCUCGGCGGGGUGGACACUUGCCAGGACUUCACCCUCCCGUUGUUAUUGUGA